CGGGCGACCAUUUCUCUGCCAACAACCUGCGGUGCACAUGUACGCUCUCUUGCUCCAUUAUCGGUCUCUGUUUAAUUCAUUCUUGCCACUGAUCCGAGUCUCGGUAAACAAACGCACAGUAAUCACCAAACAGCUGAGACAAAAGUAUACCUAACCUAUCGCGGCCAGUUCGUCAUUUGCGAUGCAAGUCGGCAUGGAAUUUCCUUUGUGACUUUGAGACAUCCUCCAGUGCGGUGUGUGAUCAAUGAACGUGUGUUAUACAAAUAAUUAUGUAGUAAAGUUAGAGCAAACAAAUGCUACAACUCAUGUUGUUAAGUUUUGGCAUAAGUUCAAUCGUGCAAGGGCCGGACAUCGGGAAUAUUAUUUCAUCGCCGGCAGUAUAACCGUUUAUACAUUCAAAGAACGUUUCUAACAGUUGCUGUGUCAGUAGCCAGCUGAUCGUCGUCAGAAAUCAGAAUUUUAACUGGAACAUCGCUACCUCGCCGGCUGAGCAAGAACUGCUCAGUUUGGCUCCAAUUAACCGCCAUCGCAUUUUAAUUGAUAAAGUUCAAUCACAUCUCUUGCUGGACCGAAAUGUGUGACACAAAGCGAGUAUAAACGAAGUCGAAAUCAAAGUAGUACUGAAACCAAACUCGAUCGAACCUUCAUUAUCAACAUCUAAUCGUGUGGAUGAUGAUCGCAUCGGCUUGACGAACUACAAGCGUUACUUCUCUUCGAAAGGUUAUGCAAGUGUGAAAAAGUGAAGCAUUUUUCGUUGUUGAUUUCGACUGGCUUGCGUGACGCUAGUGAAAAGAAAAUCGUUGCCAAUCGAGGUCGCGUCAUCACUGACGGAUAUCGUGCAGCGGUGGUGCGGUUGAUUUCUGUCGUGAAAAAAAAAUCGCCAACACCAAACAGCUACAGUACAUCGCGACCAGUUGGCAACAGUAUGAUCAAUCAAAAAGCCCCGCUGGAAGAUGGCAGAACAUCCAAAGAAAAGCCGCAAUACAGUGAGCUGUCGUAUCUCGUCACUCGGCAAUGUCUUCAGCGAGAAGACUUUAAUCAGCUUUCACAGUACGAAAGGCUAAAGCCCACUGCUUUUGAUUCAAUAGGAGCCUCAGUACGAAACGUAAAAUGCCUUGCGUCCGUCAAAGGAUUUUUUCCCAUCUUACAAUGGCUUCCUAAGUAUUCGAUCAAGAACGAUCUUCUAAGCGAUAUGACAGCGGGUCUUACGGUCGCUGUACUUCAAAUACCUCAGGGAAUGGCGUAUGGAAUCUUGGCUGGCGUUGCCGCUAAUGUAGGACUCUACAUGGCUUUCUUUCACAGUCUUGUUUAUGCUGUAUUCGGCACGUCGCGUCAUAUAUCGAUGGGAACGUUCGCAGUCACCAGUUUAAUGACUGCCAAAAUUGUAGCGACCUACUCAACCGUUAUACCAACGCUGGCUUCAAAUGGAACUGAUGUAACAGUGCCAGAUCUAAUUCCGACGGAGCUUGGUGCUGUAUAUACACCGAUACAAGUAGCAACAGCCACAUCUUUCGUGGCAGGUAUAUUUUAUUUUAUCAUGAGUGCAGCUCGGUUGGGAAUGCUGUCGUCGCUCUUGAGUGAACCAUUGGUCAGUGGUUUCACAACGGCUGCUGCUGUCCAUGUGAUGGUUAGCCAGUUGAAGGAUCUGCUUGGUGUUUCUAUACCACGAUAUAAAGGUACCUUCAAAGUUAUACUUUCCGUACGCGACAUCAUCGAUCAAACACCGAACGCAAACCUUACGGCCGUUUAUACUUCUUUGGUUGUUAUUCUGUUCAUGAUAUUUAUGAACGAAUAUUUCAAACCGUGGCUUUCUACCAAGUGUCGAUUCCCGGUGCCAGCGGAAUUGAUGGCCGUGGUCGGUGGCACAGUGGCAUCAUACUUUAUUGGGCUUGGUCCGAACUUCGAUGUUGGUUUAGUUGGUUCCAUACCGACCGGCCUUCCAGCACCGGAAUUUCCGCCACUCGCGCUUAUAAAAGCCGUCGCAGUUGAUAGUAUAGCAGUAACUAUCGUCGGUUACUCGAUCGUCAUGUCAAUGGGGAUGAUCUUUGCACAAAAGGACAACUAUGAAGUACGCCCCAAUCAGGAGCUAGUUGCACUCGGUUUUACCAACAUUGUGGGAUCCAUAUUCUCCUGCAUACCUACCGCUUGCUCGCUGUCUCGAUCGCUGAUCCAGCACCAAACAGGAGGCAAGACGCAAAUAGCAGCCGUCUUUUCUUCAAUGAUAAUACUUGUAGUCUUACUUUGGGUUGGCCCGUAUUUCGAAAGUUUGCCAAGAUGUGUAUUGGCAGGAAUUAUUGUCGUUGCCCUGAAAGGCAUGCUAGUACAGGUGUACCACAUCAAGAAAUUCCAUCGUGAAGGUAGCCUUGAGCUAUUCGUUUGGUGUGUGACCUUUCUUUCCGUGGUCAUUAUCGACAUUGACAUUGGUUUACUGAUAGGGGUAGUGAUUUCUCUGAUUUCUUUAUACGUCAAAGGCUGGAAAACGUACUACAGCCUCCUCGGUACUGUUCCAGAUACUGCCAUCUAUGUUGACAUUGGAAGCCACCAAAAAGCGGAAGAGCUUCCACAUAUAAAAAUAUUCAAAUACACUGGUUCGAUUAACUUUGCCAACAAGACUAAUUUCAAGAAAGCUCUAUACAAGGAAACCAAAGUUCAUCAACGUGCCAAUGUUUCUCUGGUCCCUCGAUAUAACGGCGAAACCACAGGUCUACAGUCCACCAAAACAGUCAUUAUCGAUCUGAGUAGCGUACCACAUGUUGAUACUGCUGCGUGUAAAAUGUUAACAGAAGUUAAAACCAACUUGGAAAAUUUGUCCAUUAUGCUGCUUUUGGCCACUCCAGCCGACUGCGUAUAUGAUGCAUUGCUGCAUGCGGAAUCGAUAGGAGAAGGAGGCUUUAACAUUUUCCCCACCAUACAUGACGCUGUUAUCUUCGCUCGGGGAAAUGAUUCAUCUGUGUAGCGUAUUUGUAAAAAUGACUUAAUAUAAUGUAAUACAACAUUUCAUGUGCCUUCUACGAACAAAUCGAAGCACUAAGCGAUUGGAAUUAGUGACUUAGGUAUCAAACAAAUCAUGUGAUAAGUUUGCACCAACACCACCGUUACUCAGAUUCCUUCAAACAGAGAAUACUUAUCUUUGCUCCUAGGUUUACGAACAAGCAACAAGUACUUCAUUCUGGUGUUUCGAAUAUUGAUUACAUAGGCAAUAUUCUUGAUGAAUGAGGAUAAGCAAUCCCCUUACGAACAGGUAAAACCUCACGGGCUUUCUAGAGUCUCGACUAUUUUGGCCGGGUAUAAGCAUCGUUUUUUUGACGGUAUAAAUGAGUUAUUAACGUGUAUUGAUUGUACAAAAGCUAGCCAGAAAGUAAGGACAAACAUUACACGAAGACAUGAAGCUCGCAAUAAACAGGUAGCCUUUUUUUAAA